AUGAUAUACCCGCCGCCCGGCCCGACAACCCAACCGCCGUCGCACACGCGCAUCCAUCCAUCACCUGCCGCUCGCCCGCCACCGACGCACGCUUGCACAGUCGAGGACACACCGGUUGCCCUGUCCGUCCCGCGGACGACUUCCCUGCAGCAGGAAGCCUCGGUCGACGAUUCGCCCGACCGCAACUGCUUCCGCCAUCUCGGACGCGCCACCGUCGGCCCCCACCUAGCGAGGCGUGCUGGUGAUCGAGACGAGGUCGCUGCUCUGUCGGUGCGCCUCCAAUAUCGGCCCCAUGGCUCGGCGGUCUAG